GGAAAUAGAAUACCCGUAAGCGACAAUUGAAAACUAUUUACUUAUUUAUAAGACGAAAUACAUUUUUAAGCAGCAGAAAUGUCAGUAGUGAGCGCACUGCCUUUCCUGAAGCCCAUCCAUGCGAGAGUUCCGAUUUCCCCUGGCCGCCAGCGCCGACACACGCUCCCAGCAAGCGAGUUUCGCUCGCUCAACGCCGAGGACGCAAUCAGUGUGUUCGAAAUUGAGAGAGAGGCUUUUAUUUCAGUCUCUGGAGAAUGUCCUCUUCACCUGGAUGAAGUCAGGCACUUUCUCACUCUCUGUCCUGAGCUUUCUUUGGGCUGGUUUGAACAGGGAAGGCUUGUCGCUUUUAUCAUAGGAUCUCUCUGGGACCAGGACCGUCUGACUGCUGAUGCACUGACCCUUCAUAAACCUCAUGGAACUACUGUUCACAUCCAUGUGCUGGCAGUCCAUCGGACCUUCCGCCAGCAAGGAAAAGGAUCCAUCCUCUUGUGGCGUUACUUGCAGUAUCUGCGCUGUCUACCUUAUGUGCGCCGUGCCGUCCUUAUGUGUGAGGAUUUCUUGGUGCCCUUCUACCAGAAGUCUGGCUUCAAAGGGCAGGGUCCUUCUGAAAUCAUUGUAGGGUCACUUACCUUCAUUGAGAUGUAUUAUCCUAUACGAGGACAUGCAUUCGUGCGGCGUAACAGUGGCUGCUAAGGGAUUGCUAUUUAUGUUCUGAACCAGUCAGUUUGCUGAAGCAUCUGAUCUAUGUAAGUUGUAAUGUCUGUGAUUACUUUUGUAAGACUUGGUUAAAAUGAGGGGGAAAAAACAAGAUUAUAAAACAAAAAGAGAAAACAAAAAGGAACAUUACAAAAUCUCUCCCACCAUUAUAAUUAACAAUGAUGGUUGUAAUAUGCCAUUUUCCAUAAAAAAAUCCUUAGUCAUAUUUUAAUAGAUUAUAUUGUUAUUUUGUAUGUAUUUGGUGUACAUUUAUAUGUUUCAGUCACACAUUUUUAAAUCCAUGACAUGUUCUCUGCUGUCUAGGAGGUCAAGCCUGGAAAAAUAAGGCGGUGGUUUAGCUGUAAACUGUUAUACUUCGGUGUAGGUUUUGUGCUUGUGUCUUAUAUAUGCUUUUAGUGUCUGUUUUAUUGAAGCAUUAAAAUAGCACAAUUUUAGCAAAAUGCAUUAAAAUACACAAAUUUAGCACACUGACUGAACAAUUUUCAACUGUGAAAUUUGCCAUAAAAGAUGUGGAAAUAUACAGCAUACAAUGCUUACUGAUUUGUAUGUGAGUGCCAAUGUGACAAACUUUUAAUGUACCUUCCUAAAUAUGAAAAACAUUUACUGUUUUAAUUAGGCACUGGUAGCUUAUUUUCAAUAUUAGAAUUAGUUACCUUAAACCAAAGGCUUGAGAAAUAAAUGUUCUACAUACAGGGGUUUUGCAAAAAUAAAAUCAUCAGUUGAUUGUGUUAGAAAUUUGAAAUGUUUAAAACUGAUUACAAUUGCCUUUUCUUUUAGAAAUCCACCACCUAUGCCUCCACAGUCUUGAAUCAAGACAUAUGUGCUUUUGUACAUUUUAUAAGUGCAAAUAAAGAAAUCAAUAAAACAAUAUAUCUUCAAAA